CCGUUCAGUUUGAACUCUACCGCCGCGUCCGGCAGACGCGGCUACAGUGCCGCCUAACCCCUACCCCAAAAUAUCUACAAAACUUAGUGCUUGUGUUAGUGACAUUUUACUAGUGCCUGUGUUCAAAUAAUCCGCCAUCAUGGUUGCCGGAGGAAAACAGAUGAACGUCCGGGUGACGACGAUGGACGCGGAGCUGGAGUUCGCGAUCCAGCAGACCACUACUGGCAAGCAGCUCUUCGACCAGGUGGUCAAGACCAUUGGCCUUCGGGAGGUCUGGUUCUUCGGUCUACAGUACACCGAUUCUAAGGGCGACCUCACCUGGAUCAAGCUCUACAAGAAGGUAAUGCAACAAGACGUGAAGAAAGAGAACCCGCUUCAGUUCAAGUUCCGGGCCAAAUUCUACCCCGAAGACGUCGCUGACGAACUCAUCCAGGAAAUCACCCUCAAGCUCUUCUACCUUCAGGUGAAGAAUGCCAUCCUCUCUGACGAGAUAUACUGCCCGCCGGAGACGUCCGUGCUGCUGGCGUCGUACGCGGUGCAGGCCCGGCAUGGGGACCACAACCCCGCGUUACAUGUACCCGGGUUCCUCGCGAACGACCGUCUGUUGCCACAACGCGUCACCGAUCAGCACAAGAUGUCCCGCGAAGAAUGGGAACAGAGCAUCACAAACUGGUGGCAAGAGCACCGCGGCAUGUUGCGCGAAGACGCCAUGAUGGAGUACCUCAAAAUCGCGCAAGACCUCGAAAUGUAUGGCGUCAACUAUUUCGAAAUCCGUAACAAGAAGAACACGGAACUGUGGCUCGGUGUUGAUGCUCUUGGACUUAACAUCUAUGAAAAAGACGACAAAUUGACUCCAAAAAUUGGAUUCCCCUGGUCAGAGAUCCGCAACAUAUCGUUCAACGACCGCAAGUUCAUAAUUAAGCCUAUCGACAAGAAGGCGCCGGACUUCGUGUUCUUCGCCCCGCGCGUGCGCGUGAACAAACGCAUCCUGGCGCUGUGCAUGGGCAACCACGAGCUGUACAUGCGUCGGCGCAAGCCCGACACCAUCGACGUUCAGCAGAUGAAGGCGCAGGCCCGCGAGGAGAAGCUCGCCAAGCAGGCUCAGAGAGAGAAGCUGCAGUUGGAGAUCGCAGCCCGCGAACGCGCAGAAAAGAAACAACAGGAGUACGAGGACCGACUCAGGCAGAUGCAGGAGGAGAUGGAACGCUCUCAGGCCAAUCUGGUGGAAGCUCAGGAGAUGAUCCGAAGGCUGGAGGAGCAGCUGCGUCAGCUGCAGGCCGCCAAGGAGGAGCUGGAGCGGCGCCAGAAUGAGUUGCAGGCCAUGAUGACCCGCCUUGAGGAGACAAAGAAUAUGGAAGCGGCAGAGCGCGCCAAGCUCGAAGAGGAGAUCCGCACCAAGCAGGAGGAGGUAUCGCGUAUCCAAGAGGAGGUCGCAAUCAAGGAUUCAGAAACUCGCCGUUUGCAAGAGGAGGUGGAGGAUGCCCGUCGUAAACAGGACGAAGCGGCGGCCAUGCUGGCGGCAGCCACGACGCCGCAGCACCACCACGUGUCGGAAGGCGGCGCGGACAUGGGCGGCGACGGCGACGGCAACUCGGACGGCGGCUCGGAAUCGGGCGGCGGCGAGCUGGUGAAGGCGCCCGACGACCUCGUCGACCCCGUGCACGAGCGCCGCACCCUGGCCGAGCGGAACGAGCGCCUGCACAACCAGCUCAAGGCGCUGAAACAAGACCUGGCACAAUCGCGCGAUGAAACGAAAGAGACGGCCAUGGACAAGAUUCACCGCGAGAACGUGCGCCAGGGCCGCGACAAGUACAAGACGCUGCGCGAGAUCCGCAAAGGCAACACCAAGCGGCGUGUCGAUCAGUUCGAGAACAUGUAAACAUAAGCCCGAUGCACUGCAUUCCCCUCCACACACGUCGAGACUUCGAUACCUUUUACACGCAUUAUAUUAUAUUAUAUAAGCUCUAACACUUUCGAACCAUUCUCUGUAUAUGUCCCAACAAAUUGUUAAUUUGUUACUCCU